AUGCCGGAUAAGACUGACGGGUCCAAGAACCGUGCCACCACCGGGAUGGAAAGGGCGAGAUCACGUGAAGACGACGACGGAGGAGGAGGGAGCGCGUCCGGGAAGCUUGAGCGGAGGUUAUCGGUCAUGAAGACGGGUAAUACAAAAUCGAUGCUGAUGAGAACCCAGACGGGGGAUUUUGAUCAUAACAGGUGGUUGUUUGAGACUAAAGGAAAAUAUGGGAUCGGGAAUGCAUAUUGGGAAGAUGACGGCGGCGGAGGAGGAGACUCGUAUGGUGGAGAGGGAAUGCGCAUGUCUGAUUUCAUGGACAAACCAUGGAAGCCCCUCACUAGGAAAGUCAAGGUUCCUCCUGAAGUUCUAAGCCCUUACAGAGUAAUGAUAGUUAUCCGUCUGGUGGUGCUCCUCUUCUUCUUGGGAUGGAGGAUUCAGAACCCUAAUCCCGACGCCAUGUGGUUAUGGGCAAUGUCUGUCAUCUGCGAGAUCUGGUUCGCAUUCUCAUGGGUCCUCGACAUUCUCCCAAAGCUCAAUCCAGUCAACCGCCAAACCGAUCUUCCCGCCCUCGUAGAAAAGUUCGAGUCGCCCACCUCCUCCAACCCCGAAGGCCGAUCCGACCUCCCCGGAGUCGACGUCUUCAUUUCCACCGCCGAUCCUGACAAGGAGCCGCCUCUCGUCACCGCCAAUACCCUCCUAUCCAUCCUCGCCAUCGAGUAUCCCGUCGAGAAAUUAUCCAUCUAUAUUUCUGACGACGGCGGUGCCAUCUUCACAUUCGAAGCCAUGGCCGAGGCCGUCAGGUUCGCCGAGUUAUGGGUGCCCUUCUGCCGUAAACACGACAUCGAACCCAGAAAUCCUGACAGCUACUUUAACCUCAAGACGGAUCCUACAAAGAACAAGAAGCGCCUUGAUUUUGUAAAAGACAGGCGUUGGAUCAAAAGAGAAUACGACGAGUUCAAAGUGCGGACCAAUGGUCUCACCGACGUAAUACACAGAAGGUGUAAGAUGUACAACUCGAGGGAAUUAAAGAAGGAAAAACAGCUUGCCCAAGAGAAGAACGGAGGAGAGCCGCCGUCAGAGCCCGUCAGUUAUAAUAAGGCAACUUGGAUGGCUGACGGAACGCAUUGGCCCGGCGCUUGGUUUGAACCAAUUGCCGACCACUUCAAGAGCGACCAUGCCGGUAUCUUGCAGGUAAUGAGCAAGGUUCCUGAUCACGAUCCCGUAAUGGGACAGCCCGAUGAGAAGACAUUGGACUUCACCGGAAUCGAUAUAAGGCUUCCAAUGUUUGCAUACGUUUCGCGUGAGAAAAGACCUGGCUAUGACCAUAACAAGAAGGCCGGAGCCAUGAAUGCCUUAGUCAGGGCAUCCGCUAUACUCUCCAACGGACCUUUCAUACUCAACCUAGAUUGUGAUCAUUACAUAUACAACUGCAUGGCUAUACGAGAAGGAAUGUGCUUCAUGAUGGAUCGCGGCGGGGACAGAAUUUGCUAUAUUCAAUUCCCACAGAGAUUCGAAGGGAUCGAUCCCUCCGAUCGCUACGCUAACCACAAUACCGUCUUUUUCGACGGUAACAUGAGAGCCCUCGACGGUCUCCAAGGUCCAGUCUACGUCGGAACCGGCACCAUGUUCCGACGUUACGCACUCUACGGCUUCCAUCCACCGCGGGCAAACGAGUACUUGGGAAUCUUCGGCCAGAACAAAACCAAAGCGCCUGAAAUUACAAGACAGUCUUCCGAUCAAGACUUCGAGGACGCCCAACCCUUAGCCGACCAUCCCGAUUUGAACCUGCCGGUUAGAUUUGGUAACUCCAAUAUGUUUGUGGAGUCCAUAGCCGUCGCUGAGUUUCAAGGACGUCCAUUGGCCGAUCACAUUUCAGUGAAGAACGGCCGAGCUCCCGGCGCCCUUCUUGCGCCACGUACCCCUCUUGACGCUCCUACUGUCGCCGAGGCUGUUGCCGUCGUCUCUUGCUGGUACGAGGAUAAGACGGAAUGGGGGGACAGGAUUGGCUGGAUUUACGGAUCGGUCACGGAAGAUGUGGUGACGGGUUACCGAAUGCACAACCGUGGGUGGAGAUCCGUCUAUUGCGUCACCAAGAGAGAUGCUUUCCGUGGAUCGGCACCUAUAAACCUCACCGACCGGCUUCACCAAGUCCUCCGAUGGGCCACCGGAUCCGUUGAGAUCUUCUUCUCCAAAAACAACCCUCUUCUCGCCACCAAACGGCUUAUGUUCCUGCAACGCGUGGCUUACUUCAACGUGGGUGUCUACCCUUUCACAUCCCUGUUCCUGGUGGUGUACUGCUUCCUACCGGCUCUUUCCCUCUUCUCCGGACAGUUCAUCGUACAAGGGCUGAACGUGUCCUUCCUUAGCUACCUGCUCACCAUAACGGUGACACUGAUACUUAUAUCCCUGCUGGAGGUGAAAUGGUCGGGGAUCGCAUUGGAGGAGUGGUGGAGAAACGAGCAGUUUUGGGUGAUCGGAGGCAGCAGCGCGCAUCUGGUGGCGGUUAUACAGGGCCUGUUGAAGGUGAUAGCUGGGAUUGAGAUAUCGUUCAAGCUGACUAGCAAGUCGCUGGGGGAAGACGAGAACGAUGCAUACGCAGAGCUGUAUCUUGUGAAAUGGACCAGUUUGUUCAUAGUUCCUCUGACGAUAAUAGUGGUGAACUUAGCGGCGGUGGUGAUGGCGAUCGCGAGGACGGUGUACAGUGUGAUUCCUCAGUGGAACAAGCUGUUUGGUGGGCUGUUCUUCAGCUUCUGGGUGCUGAGUCACAUGUAUCCAUUUGCCAAGGGAUUGAUGGGAAGGAAAGGAAGAGUACCCACCAUUAUAUAUGUCUGGGCCGGCCUUCUUUCCAUUACCAUCUCUCUUUUGUGGAUUUCCAUUAGUCCCCCAACCGGGAAUACCACCACCAGUACUGGAAAUAUAGAUAUAUAA